UGCAUCGCACACUAACAACCACAGCAAACGUGUCGUGCCAAUUCCAGCAAUUUUAAUCUACCAAACAGCAAAGAUGUUGUUCAAAUGCUGUGUGUGGACCAUUGGAACCCUGAUCGUUAUUGAGUUGUUCAGCAACUCGUUUUUUGAGGCCGAAGGAUGCUCCUCUGCAGGGAUUCCAAACGAGAAAACGGAUGGCAUUGUCAAUCUGAAUGUUGGCGGCUGCCUGUGCACCACGACGCGGUCGACACUGACUCGCUACCCGGACUCCAUGAUGGCUGCCAUGUUCAGCGGUGAACUCGAACCGUCUGCUCGUGACGCCAACGGGGCCUAUGUCAUGGACAGGGACGGGCCCAUCUUCCGUCACGUACUGAAUUUCCUCAGACAGGGCAAGCUGAUUCUACCGGAGGACUUCAAGGAGUGGGACCUGCUGGCUUCAGAGGCCGACUUCUAUCAAGUCGAUACUUUGGUGGAGGCGGUGAAGGCGGAAAAGUAUCGAAGAGAUGCCACGAGAUCAGUGAAUGUUGGUGGUUACAAGUACACCAUGAAUCUGUCGGCUCUGACUCGCUACCCGGGCUCCAAGCUGGCUGCUAUGUUUAGCGGUGAGUUUGAUCCCCCCGUUCUUGACGAGAGCGGGGCUUAUAUCAUCGACGGAGACGGGCCCAUCUUCCGCCAUGUCCUCAACUUCCUCCGACGGGGCAGGUUAAUUCUACCGGAGGACUUCAAGGAGUUGGAUCUGCUGGCUACGGAGGCCGAUUUCUAUCAAGUCGGGGAUUUGGUGGAGGCGGUGAAGGAAGAAAAGUAUCGGAGAGUCAUACCAGAAGACGAAACGAAAAACUUUGAAUACAUUAAGUUAAAUGCAUGUGUUAACGUGAGCUACACGUACACGUUCACUGGCAGCAGGAAUAUCCCAUGGUGUCAGCCACUUAGAGAGUUUUUCCGGGAACAUUCCCAUUCGGCAGUUUAUCAAGACCGCGGUAACUAUACACUGAACCUUCCACUCGAUAUCAAGACCAAUGUUCAUGCGGAUUUUGAAAGACGCAAGGGGGCGAUGUUCAAGGGCAUUCUUGGGUCUGGUUAUGGAUUCAUAUUGAAAGAACGAUCCUACACGUUGAAUCCUGCCGGGGUCAAGGAAUUCAAAUGGACUUUUGCUCGGCUUGAAAACGACAUGGCGAGCCCCGCAAAAGUUGACAAGCGUGAUAAAAAGGACGAUACCUUCUAUCUGAAUGUCGGCGGCAGUCUGUACACCACGAAGAUGUCGACUCUGACUCGCUACCCGGACUCCAAGCUGGCUGCCAUGUUCAGCGGUGGACACGACCCGUCUGUUCGUGGCGCCAGUGAGACCUAUGUCAUCGACAGAGACGGGCCUAUCUUCCGUCAUGUCCUCAACUUCCUCAGACAGGGCAAGCUGAUUCUACCGGAGGACUUCAAGGAGCGGGACCUGCUGGCCUCAGAGGCCGAUUUCUUCCAAAUCCCAGACCUGGUAGCGGCAGCAUCUUUGCGUAAGGUGGUGUUGACGAGUCCACCCGUGGCAGACGACCCGAAAAAGGAAUUUGUGGAAUUCACAGAACAAGAUAACAAGAGUUGCAGAUACCGGGGCAGUUGGGAAACUUUUGAGCAACUACCACGUGAGUUCCUUGCUGUAUUUGAAGCGGCCCCUAGCUUUCCUACUUUCUCGUAUGGAAAACAGUUGCGAUCCCUCGAAGAAAUGCGUUCCGGUGUGGAAAUGUUUGGGGAGAUCUCGGGAUACUGGGGUGCUUUCUCCUUUGGGCAGCCUGGGGCGACACCACCACAUGUAUUUGGAGAAGUAGUCUCCAACAACCGAUCCGAACUAGACCCACCAAAAUGGAUGGCGGUAUUUCAACGAGCCUCUGAACUUGGUUUUCAGUUAUUGAGCACGUCGGACCCGGGCGUGCCCGGAGAGAAAUCAUGGUUGUUUGGCAGAAAGGUCCCGCCCAAGAUUGUGGCCAGAGACCCUCCAUAG